AGCAACAAUCUAUUUAUGGAGAAAAAAGUAAAACAUUAUGAUUUUGAAUAUUGCGCUCGAGUCAAAUUGAAAACAAAAGCCGCCAAUACAAUGUAAAUUACAUGCUUUGCAAUACAGAUAAAGAAAUUUCAAUCAAGUUUAUCAUGUGAAAAGGAAAGGUGUUGGGCUUUUUCAAUGGCAACAACCUUCUCAAGUCCGGAAGAUGGACAUAACAAGAGCUGCUUAUUCAGUUGACCUGGAUGAUGAUAGACCAGAUAUUUUCUUCCUUUCCUCAUCAUCGCCACCAUCAUCAUCAUCAGCAUUAGCAUCAUCAACAACAACAACCUUUAAUCAUUUUAAGUCCAUUGUCAGUUAGCCAUUGAUAAAGGGAAGAAAAUGAGAAAAAGAAAACGAUUCAAAUAUUUUGCUGUCUCGCUUCUUCUCAUCUUCACUUGAAAUGAGAAGAUUGAGAAAUGAUAAGGCUUGUUCAUCAACAAGUCUGCCUAUUCAAUACCUACAGUAUCAUCAUCAAAUCACAUAACUAGACUCAAGUCAAGAGGUUUCAAUAGAUAUAUCAAUUUUUCUCAGCCAUAAUCAAACAGUUGAAUCUGUUGUAAAUCUGAAUAAAUUUGAUUAAAUGGUGGAUCAGUAAUAAGUAAAAGCUGAAAAUUGAUAAUUUCAUCUUGAAAUACCUGUAGACUCGCUCAAUUAUAAGCAUAAGGUUAAAAGUGAAGUAACUUUCUUUCACCAUGAUGAUGAUUAUGAUGACGAUGACAAAGAAGUGAAAAUUUCAUCGGUUGGCUGAUAAAAAUCAUCCUUUUUCAUUGAUAUUUUUCACUUUUGUUGCUGUUCAAAUAGUCACUUUUUUUUACCUAAAUACCUUUACAUGUUCACUUUUUUUGUCCCAAACUAAUUGUUGGCUUGUUGCUACCAGAAACAUAUCGACAUCAUUUUGCGUUUUUUUGUUGCUAAUUCAUGUGAUUGUUUAUCCAGAUAAACCCAAAAACCAUAAUAAAAACUCAAAUAUGAACCAGAUUUUUGUAAUCUAUUAUUAUGGUCAGACACAUGCAUCCAUAUAGACUGAGUAGAUAAUGAGACAAUCAUGUUUUGUGUAGCAUUUUCAACUCUGUUGACACAAAAGUAUGAACUAAAUUGAUAUUCACUUAGAUUAUACAUUGUCAUUAUUUCCUCUCAGUGAAUCAAGGAAAUUGUCAAUUGAAUAAACCAACAAUAAGCCACAAUUAGACCAAUGAUGAACCAUUGUUGUCCUGGUUUUAGGUUAAACCAUCAACGCUUCAACAUUGGAUCACAAGGCUUUCGGUUCAUCCUUUAAGCCCGUCUGACCAUCAUCACAAUCACCUUGAUUCAUUAUCAACUUAUCACUUUUCCCGUCUCAAUAUGAUCAUUGUUUACAAACCUGAUGAUCCUUGGUUUAAGAUGUUUACAUUGUUUAUUAUCGUUUGCCGUGUUGUUCAAUUAACUUGUUUUCUAAUUACUAUUGUUUUCUAAUCAAUCUUGCUCUUUCCACUUUCAUUUAACGCAAUAUAAUUAGUUGAUUGACCAUUGAUUUUGUUUUAAAAUGAUCAAUCAAUCCUUAACUUUACUCACUUCUCGUCAACCUGUCAACCUACAAACACAAGCAAAAUUAACAUCCAAGCUUCACCUAGUUUUGUAUUAUUGUAUUAUCAUCAUCAUUACAUCUUGUAAGACCUUACCAAAUUUAAUUUGAUCCGGUAAUUAUCUUUGACUAUUUUGUAAAAGGAAGAAUUAACAAUAAAAAAAUUAAACAAAAUUAUUGUGAUAUUACAAAGCCGGAAGAUUUGGGUCUAAAAUCAAGGUAAAAAUAAAAGUAACUUCUCUCAUUGCUUUUACUUGUUAAGAGUAAAACAAAGCUACAACUGAUUUGAUCCAUAAAAUUGGAUUAAUUUGCUUAAAUGAUGAAACUAAAUCAUAAUUUAAUCCAAAUAAAUUAACAUAAUUGUUAUAAAUAAUGUUAUUUGUACACAAAAAUACUUCCUGUUUAUUUUUACAAGGAUCAAAAAUAAUUAGUUAACUGUCCCUCGAAAUAUUGCGCCCUUUUUGUUUUCUGUCAGUCAUCUUGUUCAUCUUAUGAUAAUCCACUUUCCCUAUCUCUACCUUUUGAUUGCUUGUAAUUCGUGUUUAACUGCUUGACCAACCCAAAAUAAUUGUAAAUCUCAAUCAUUUAACUCGUGAUAAUCAAGUUUCAUCCAUUAUUAUCAUCUAGUUUAAUCUGAAUAAGAGUAAUUUAACCAUGAUCAGGUUACGUAAAUCAUACCCAACAGUCAAAAGUCACCGUAAUGGAUAUAAAGAGUCUAGAUUUUGGUUAGACCUAAGGAUUUAACAUGUUAUCUUAUGUACUUUGUCAGUUAAAGUACAAGUGAAAUAAAAUUGAUUCUCUGCCAAAAGAUUUUAGUUUACUUGAGUGAAAUGCUAUUAAUAAUUGAAUGUUUACAAUAUAUUUAACUUCCAAGGACUAAUCAUGAUAAUAAGUUUCACUCUAUCAAGGUAAAUUGGUAACUUAUGAGAUCAUUUCUUUUCGCAUUCUCAAUCCUAUGAAGGCUACUCUGUGAAGAUGAUUGUGGUGCUGCUGAUGGUCUUUGCGAUGGUGAUUCAAAGGGGAAUUUUAUUUGUCUGAUAGUCAAGAGUCAUGAUUUUGAUGGUGAUGAUGGUGAUAAUAAAUCCCAUGAAAUGUUAAAUGAACUUUGGUUCCUGACAGGUUGGCGCCAUUAAAGUAUGUUAAAUGUUUGACGAUAUGAGGAAUAUAAAUUAGCCCCGGAAACCGAAUCAAAAUAUCGCCAAGAGGGAAAAAUUUGCAGCAAGGAACUGAAAGUUGCAGCUGAAGCUGAAGAAGAAGCCAGAAAGAUGAAGGAUCAGAUGAAGAUAAAGAAAUUGAUGGAAAUGAAAUCUUUGACUUCUUUUUUUUCUUAUAUUUUUUAAUCUUCUUCUUGUAUCGUGAAAGUUGAAUUGAUCACGUUGAUGUUGUUGAUACCUGCCAAGCCGGCUAAAGAAGCUAAGUUGAUGUUAACUCACUCGGGUAGACACACCAUUCAUUGUUGGUAACUUCACAGUUAAGUUUGGCCUCUUAUGGAGUCAACAUUAGCUAACCACGCUCAUCACCAACAACAACAACAACUACUACUACAAAUUUAUAUUUUCAAUAUUUUUAACAAGCCAUUUCUGAUUAUUUGACAACAGAUUCAUUGGACGUCAAUGGUAUUAAAUAAAAUUGACAAGUCGAUUACUUGCUGCUGCCAUUAUUUUGCUGUAUUUCACCUAAAUUGAACAAGAAAAAGUUAUCUUCUAUUUGCCUUCUCAUUCUUUUUAACUAUUCAACACAAUUAAUGAGUAUCAUAAUGUAAUUGCUCCAAUGGUAAUUGUCGGUUACCAAUAAAAAGAAGGUCUAUCAAUGAUUAAAUGGAGUUCAUCUGAGACUCGUUAUUUAAUACAACUUUGGAGAAAAAUCUUUGGUGAAAUUCGUCAAAUUCAUAUCAAAUUUUCUUGUGAUCAACAAUUAACUAAACAAAAUGAUUUCAGCACAAAAGCGAAUGUUAACUUUAUUUUGUAUAACUUUUGUAUUGGCAACUUUAAUGACCAUCAGUCAUUAUGGAAGCCCGACUGGGAUUGGAAACGGACGGAGAUUAGUGUUAAAUGAUGUCGAUAAGGAAAAAUUGGUUGAAAUGUUCAAUUUAGUGCCUUAUCAACCCUCACCAGCCUCACCAGCACUUGAUAAUACUAAUCAAAUUAGUAAUAACAAACCUUUACUGCCUGUAAAUGGCCUAGUUCAACAAUCUCCAGGAAAACCGACCAUUCCUGCCUCCUCUUCAGCAAAACCACCAUCAUAUUCAUCUUAUGUACCUGUGAUAAAAUCUUCAUCAAUUUCUUCAUCCUCUUCUCACUCUUCACCAUCCUUCACCAAUUUAUCUCCUUCGCCGUCUCCUUCGUCAUUUCCAUCACGAAGACCUUUGUUUCAACUUUCAUCGUCUCGCUCUCUCCCACCACUACCACCGUCAUCAUCAUCAUCAGCUACAUCACCUGUAACAACCCCGAAACAUUCGCCUUCCCCUGUUAACAACUUUGAUUACCAUUCUGUUAAUGAAGUACCCAACCAGUCGCCAUUCAAUACCAGAAAUGAAACUUCAAAAGAACCAGAAGAGCAAAGGCCGAAAGGGUUCUUUACAGCUGACGAAAUUGCUUUAACUCGACAAUUUUUAAUUGACAAACCAAACUUCUGUGAUACUGAUAAUGGAGCUUCCCUUGACCUGUUAAUUUUGGUCAACUCUGCUGUUGGAAACUUUGAAGCUCGCCAAGCAAUUCGUCAAACAUGGGGAAAGUUUGCGGUAGAACGUGGUUCUCUUUUGCUCUUUCUUAUCGGUAAUUCGCGUGAUGCGAACAUUAACAGCAAAGUUAAAAAAGAGAAUGAACAAUAUUCCGAUUUACUUCAAGGUGCAUAUAUUGACAGUUAUUACAAUUUGACACUAAAAACAAUGUCAAUGAUGAAAUGGGUCAGUGAUAAUUGCGAUAAAGUUAAAUUUGUUUUAAAAGUUGAUGAUGAUAUGUUUAUUAAUAUGCAAUUGCUUGUUGAUUUCUGUGAAACCCGAACCUUCACUAAUUCCAUUAUUGGUCAUAUCGCUAAAAAAUGGAAACCCCAUCGAGACACUAAAAGUAAAUGGUUUGUCUCUCCGUCCGUUUUCAAUGGUACCGUUUUCCCCAAUUUUGCCACAGGACCAUGUUACAUGUUUUCUGGAGAUGUUUCUAAACCAUUAAGUGAACAAAGUUACAAAAUGAAACCGCUUCACCUAGAAGACGUCUUCAUGACUGGCAUUGUUGCUGAAGCAGCUAAGGUCCGUCGAUUAAAUUAUGCUUUGAUGAAAAAUGUUCGAGUUAAGGUUAAUCAUUGUAAUUUCAAACGGCUCAUGACAAGUCAUAAGCACACACCUAAAGAAAUUAUCACCCUUUGGAACCAAGUUUAUGAUGAAAUGGAUAAACCAUGUGAAAAACCAGUCUCUAAGCCAACAACAGCAGCUAAAAUAUCUAAAAAUCCUGGAGCCAAAAAGACCUGAAUUAGCUCCUUUUCUUAGUGUAUAAAAAAUUAACAAUUGUAAAAAUAUUUGGACAAACAAUAAUACAAUCUUUUAAUUGUACCA